AUGAGUUCUGAAGGUGUUUUCUCAUUGGAAACAUCCGAGAGAAGUAGUGAUAGAAUUGUGAUAAAUGUCAGUGGGGUAAAACACGAGACGUGCAAGAGCACCUUGAUGACCAUUCCAGUGUCACGUCUUGCCAAGCUGGUGGACACCGAGUCACCUCCAAAAGAACUCUUUUUUGACCGCCAGCCUGAAGUAUUCACCCAUGUGAUGCAAUACUACAGAAGUGGAAAGUUGCACUGCCCAACCAACUUGUGCGGUGUAUUGUUAGAAGAGGAGUUUGCUUUCUGGGGUAUUAGUGACAUGGAUGUGGAGCCCUGCUGUUGGGCUGCAUUUCGACAGCACAGCGAUUAUGUAGAGGCUUUGUCUAAGAUUGACCCUCCAUGCAAGAGAGAUCAAUCCAACAACUCUAGAGCUUGGCAGUCAAAGAUUUGGGCUUUAUUUGAUGACCCAUAUUCAUCCAUCACAGCUAAGGUCAUUGCGGUUAUAUCUCUGCUUUUCAUCCUGCUCUCUAUUACUGCAUUUGCUCUGGAAACACACAGAGAUAUUAAUACUUUUCUGUACCAAACAUACCAUGAAAUUGGGUCACAAGCCAACAUGAGCACAUGGGAGGAUUUUUUUAGACUGAUUAGAGUUCUGGAUAUAGUGGAGUUAGUGUGUUUAAUAUGGUUCAUCAUUGAGUUCCUGUUGCACGCAGUCAGUUGCCCAAGCAAACGAAAUUUCUUCAUGAAUGUUCUCAACAUUGUUGAUCUUCUGGCCCUGUUCCUGUGGUUUUUCCAGUGGUGUUCAUGGAAGCACUGUGAAGGGGUUUUGGGUUUCCUACGUGUAACGCAAUGCAUUCGUGUUCUUCGUGUAUUCAAGCUGAUGCUACACAUGUUGGGUGUGAGAGUAUUCAACUACACGCUUCGCGUCAGCGCACCUGCCUUCUGCACAGUUCCAGUGAUACUCUUCAGUUUCACGCUCAUCUUCAGCACAAUGGCAUAUUACGCAGAACUACUUAACAGUAAUCCUUACACGCACUUUAAAGACAUCCCGUCCAGUUUCUGGUGGGCAGUGGUGACACUGACCACAGUGGGUUAUGGAGACAUCAUACCCCUUACAGUUCAAGGCCAGUGGGUAGCGAUUCUAUGUGCUGCGGUUGGGGUUAUGCUUAUUGUCCUGCCUGUGUCCAUAAUUGUCAACAACUUCAUCAGGUUCUACUCCCUGGCCAAGGCAAAGUGUUCAAUGCCCAGGAAGAGGAAAAUGAAGUGUUAAUACAGUCCCAUCGUCUUCCAAGGCCUCUGUCUAGAACUGCUAAACAGAAACGCAGGUAUCACCGAAACAUAUUGAAUUAUUAUGAGCUAUACAAUGUGAUACAGUACAGUACAGUAGAAGUUGGUAUGCAUGUUGUGUGUAUCUCAUCUCAUAUGCCCUCCUUGGAGUCUAAAACUGGAGGAAAA